AUGCCUGUCGGCGACUACGAUGACGACGCGACGGAGCUUAUGGAAACAUAUGACUUUCUGAUGAAAUACAUUAUCAUUGGAGAGGCUGCAACGGGAAAGUCGUGCUUGCUGCACCAGUUCACACACAAUACAUUCAAGGACCAUUCUCAACAUACCAUCGGUGUUGAGUUCUCCAGCCGAACAAUCAAAUUGGGGGAGAAGCGCAUCAAGUUACAACUAUGGGAUACCGCAGGCCAGGAGCGAUUCAGGUCUGUUACACGGAGUUACUAUAGAGGAGCGGCCGGAGCAAUCCUCGUUUAUGACAUCACUAGCCGCGCAUCAUUCGCGAACCUCUCUCGAUGGCUGGCGGAUGCGAGGGCGCUAGCAAGUCCACAUCUGGUCACAGUCUUGGUGGGCAACAAGUCGGACCGAGAAGAAGACCGCGAGGUCGAAUGGGCGGAGGCGAGUAAAUGGGCCGCGGACAAUGACGUCCACUUCCUUGAAGCGUCAUCAUUGACGGGAGAUAACAUCGAGGCACCCUUUCUCCUUUGCGCGCGGUCUAUACUGCUUGCAAUAGAGUCUGGCAUCCUGGACCCCGAGAAAGCGGGAAGUGGUGUCAGUUACGGCGAUCGAGCGCUCCGACGCGUCAAUAGCUCGAGCCGACUGAGCUUCGGCAGUCUCAGUGGCACGCGCCGGCGCAGCACCGUGAAACUUCGACUCCCCGGCAAAGGCGGAAAGUGUUGUUGAUCUCCAUUACCUGACGGCCCUAUGACGGACUCUCACGACCUGUUGCAAUGGAUCUGUGACGAUAUAUGAUACCUCACGGUUAAUGCCCAAACAGCAUUCCGUUGCCUUUUCUGGAUGUACUUAGCCUGGAUUCUGCAGACGGCCUGUCGCUCGAGCAUCUUCCUCAUGUGUAUCUCGCUGGUGACCUUCUCAUACACUCGUGCUUUCUGCUCAUCUCUAGAUUUCUCUACGCAUACAUUGCCGCGUGAUUGCCGCAGUUUAUCUUUUCCCUAAUCACCGUCACCCAUGUACUCCAUAUCUGUACGAUGUAUACGGCAGACCCUGGAAAUCUGACAUUCGUUCCCUCUGAUGCAAGCUUAUGAUUUGCUUAUUGCUCAGACGCUGCAGCGGAGUGGAAGCGGCCAUCCCCGGUACUUUAUCACUGCA